GUUUGUUGUGUCUUUUCCACGCCUUAUAGUAUUAUUGCAAAUCCAUUUGUGAAUGAAGUGUGUCUUAUUUUGUCUUUUCAACCAUACCUGCGCCUGCGCAGUCGGUGGGUUCGCAGGUAACUUGUGCAGUUACGCAUUUGUUGGUUUGUUAAGACGACAGUAAUAUAAUCUAGACAAUGCAAACUAAAAUUCAUGACAAGUAAUAGGAAGUAUGAAUCGGUGUCGCCAUCGUCCGCCGCUCCGCGCCGCUUCGUCGAGCCGCAAACCUCGUUGUCGUUUCUCGCUCGAGGCAAAUGCGAACUUGUUCUGUCAUCACGUGGCAGCACUGUACUGUACAUAAUAUUGUUACGUCAAAAUUUACUGCCGUGUCACUUGUAUUAAUACAUAAUAUUGUCGUCCCUUUAUUUUCUUUAAAAACCGCAGACUACAAUAUGUUGAAUUCUACCUUAGAUUGUCCCUUGCACUCCAAUGUUUAAAAAAACAGAUGGGUGCCGCCAGAUGUUUAUCACCCUCUGGUGCCUAACCGGUUGUCGUUGAGAGGCUUUUACGGCGAGGGACCGCGAUGAGAUCACGAAAUGCUGUGGCUGACAGCUGUGACUGUGACGCAUCAAACAAAUCUCGUGUUAUGAGCGUGAGCCUGCAUAUGGCGACGGUGCGGCGCGGUGCGGCGCGGCGCGGCGACGGCGAGGCAGAUUAGUCGAGCUGCUCGACUAGUUGUUGAACUUGUGCCGCGAGUUAUCGUUAGAGGUCACUAUCGCAAUUAUGAGAUGAAUUAAUCUGCAGUCGCGGUCGCGGUGGCGCAGCGAGUACGCGUACUGGUCGCCACUGGAUGCCGCGUAGCGCCAAGUGACUCCGCGUGACGUCAGAGCGUCACGUCAACAGGAUUGCAUAAAUGUCGGGCAAAUAAAAAUUCUACCCUCAUUACUUUAUAUUUUCGCUUAUCAAACGAAACCAAAAUAGUCGGAUCAGAGGAUGUUUUAAGGCGGCGUGAACACGAGUGUAUUGUUAGUAAAUAGAAUGCGUGAAGCGUACGUGGACGGCGACCUCGAACGGAUGCCAGGGGCGCGGUGGGUGCCGGUGGUGUUACUGCUGGUGCUGCUGUGCCAGCCCACGGCGAACUCUCUCGCGGCAGAUGAGGACCUCAGCCAGAUGGGCAACGAGUACAAGUCGUGCUUUCGGGCGCGGGACCGCAGGGUGGGGAUAUGCGUGCACUUCACGCAGUGCUACAAAAACCAAUCCCUGGCAGAGGGUGGACACAUUUUCAAGUACGAAGUCAGGGACGGAGCUCCUCCAAUUAACGAUUGCGGCCGCGACAACUGGUGCUGCACUGACGACUCCGGCCUGUCCGUGUCCGCGCCACCCGACGUCGCCUCCAGCAGCUCGCCGCCCGAGGGCACGGGGAACUGCCUGCGAGCCUUCGACGACUGUCCGUGGUGCGUCGCCCUCUACAGGCCGGGCGGCGACGUGAACCGAAACCAACGCACCAAGUCCGGCCUGUACUGCGGCGGCGCGCUGGUUAGCUCCCGCGCUGUGCUCACAAGCGCCGGGUGCGUCGCCACCAUCGCCGAGGAGAGCGUGUGGGCGCGCGUGCCGGCCUCCGCCGCGCCCACACGCAACUACGCCGUCGUCGACAAGCUGCGGCACGAAGGCUACAACUCCGGUAACAGCAAAAACGACUUCGGCCUUCUGAUUUUAAAAGAUUCAGUCGAGUUCUCAACGAGUCCCUUUAGUGCAUGCGUGAGCUUUGCGCUGCCGCCCGCUGUCGGCUGCCGCGCCGCCGGCUUCGACGCCCUCGAGGAGGUGGUACUGACGCCAGUGUCCCUGCGAGACGGAGAUUGUUCGCAGCGCAACCGCAGCAUCCCGGACCUGAUGUGCGCCAUUCCGGCCCUCGCCGGCGCCGCGCCCUGCGCCAUAUCGCCCGGCGCGCCCGUGCUCUGCCCCGCCGGCGACGCCCAGGGCGGGCUGGCGCUAGCCGGGGUGGUGCGGCGCAACUGCCGGGCAGGCGCCGCGCGUCUCGGCAAGCUGCAGCCGCAUGCUGAUUGGUUGCAACUGCAGCUGCGCCGGCUGGGCGUGCCGGCCUGGCGGUACGCGCUCUAGCCGCUAGCCGCGAGCCACUAGCCGCUAGCCGCUAGCCGCUAGCCGCUAGCCGCUAGCCGCUAGCCGCUAGCCGCUAGCCGCUAGCCGCUAGCCGCCAGCCGCGCGCCUCGUCCCGUGCCCGCGUUUACUUCGCGGUACGCGGUUCAAGGUCAAGCGCAACAAAACAAUCACAAAAUCUGAACAAGCAUCUAUUGUACAAGCUAUGUUGUGAUUCAUAUUUAACUAAAGACUUAUGUAAAAAUGCUUACCUAAUAAUUUUGGUGUCAAAUUGGUUAAAUCUUUAGCUUUAAUUUCUCGCUGCUCUUUAAUGUAAUAAAUAAUAAUAUUGGUCUUGAGAAUACUGAUUUAUGUUAGAAAGGCGCUAUCAUUGACAGAGUUCGAGGUCAUGUGUACACAUAAUGUUAUAAUUUAACCAUUUAGCAGGAUACGUGACCUCUGUGGAAGUUUGCAUGCGUUUUACUCAUUUUUCAAGUCUCCUAAAUGUGAUAACCUCUGUAAUAUAGCAAAAUUAAAUUUUAUUCAUAUAGUGAUGUUUUUGUAAUAGUACUUCUACUAAUUGAUAACAUGUUUUUAUGAAUUAGUGUUGAAUAAAUGUUGCUGAAUAACA